CCUCGCUAUUUUAUCCAGUCAUCCGGGCAACUUGCGUCAAUUUUAUGCGCAUACGAUCAAUUUGUGUCGUCGUCGAGUACUUGGUCGGGAUUGGAAGAAAUAAUUAAUUUUUUGAUAGCAACAGGUCUGCUUUCGUCAAGCUGGGAAUUAAAAAAAUGUCUGUUGGAGAAGAACAAGUUGAGUGUCCUCUGUGUAUGGAAUUAUUAGAAAUAGAUGAUAUUAACUUUUAUCCGUGCACAUGUGGAUAUCAGAUUUGUAGAUUCUGCUGGCACAGGAUACGAACAGAUGAAAAUGGUCUGUGUCCAGCUUGUAGAAAGCAAUAUCCUGAAGAUCCUGCUGAAUUUAAACCUCUUACAGAAGAUAUACUCCUGAAAAUCAAAAGAGAAAGACGACAGAAAGAUGUUCAGAAAAAACAAAAAGCAGCAGAAAACAGAAAACAUUUGGCAAAUGUUAGAGUCGUACAAAAAAAUUUGGUCUUUGUGGUCGGGUUAUCACAAAGAAUAGCAGAAGCAGAGGUUUUGAAAAAACACGAAUAUUUUGGCAAGUUUGGCAAAAUACAUAAAGUUGUGAUUAAUCAAAGUACUUCCUAUGCUGGUUCCCAAGCAUCAGGGCCUAGUGCUAGUGGGUAUGUUACAUAUUAUAAAUCAGAAGAUGCUUUAAAAGCUAUCAUGCAUGUUAAUAAUAUCCAUGUAGAUGGUAGAACUUUAAAGGCUUCCUUGGGUACAACCAAAUACUGUAGUCAUUUCCUAAAAGGAACACAGUGUCUUAAAUCAGAUUGUAUGUAUUUACAUGAACUUGGUGAAGAAGCUGCUAGUUUUACUAAAGAGGAAAUGCAAAUGGGAAAACAUCAAGAAUAUGAACAGAAAUUAAUAGAGAACUUUUUAAACAGUCAAAAUAUGGCCAAUAAUCACUUGUCUUCUAAUAAUAAGAUUAAAUCUGGAAGGUAA